AUGAACAAAAAUAAAUAUAAAAGUAAAAAGAGAUUGCCUAAAGGUAGUAAAAGAUACGUACCAACACAAGAAGAAGUUGAAAGAAGGAAUGCAGAAAUUAAUAGGAAAAAAUAUGAAGAUGAUUCAGAUGAAUCAGAAGAAUCAAAAAAUUCUGAACAGUCAGAUGAUGUCUCAAUAAAUGAUGAAGAUAAAAGUAAAGAAGAAAAUGUUCAAAAUGAAGAAGCACAAAAUAAAGAACCAACAAAUAAAAACUCGGAAGAAGAAAAUAGUGACAAUGAUAAACAAAGUCAAUAA